AUGGCAGCCGCUUCGGGUCCAGGUAGUGCUUACCGUCAUCGACUAGACAUUCUACCUUGUUUCAUCAACCAAAACAAUACCACACUCAUCAACACCUACCAAGCUCCACCAUCAGCAAUGGAGACCGUUUUUGGAAAAUUCGGCUCUGAGCUCUUGGAGCGACCGGAAGUCCAAGUCCUUGCGGUCCUACUUCAGAAACCCGACAUCUCUCCCAUAGCGACCGUUCAACGAGGGUCCGGGGAUAGUCCAGAGGAUUCACGCUAUUUCGAUCUGCCCCGAUGA